GGUCUUAGACUUGCACGCGAUCUUGAAGAAGCAAGAUGGCGUCGGUGGCGGAGCUACAACGCGACCUAGAAUUAGCGAGGGAAGGGCUUAAAUCCGUGGAUGAAAACAUCAAGAAACUUACCGGAAGAGAUCCUUCGGAAUUCAGACCUGCAGCAGGACGGCGUGUGAUGCUGAAGAGGGACUUCCCAGAGAGGAGCAUGGCACUGGGGCAAGGACCAGCAACUAAAAGACGUGAUUCAUCUGGUGCACCAGGAAGACUCUGGAGUCGUGUGGUAAUGACAAGGACUUCACAGGACCGAAACCGCCCUUCCUCGCGUCUGGAUAGUGAAGGCGAAGAAGAAGAUGAUGAUACAGACAAGCCUGCUAUCCAGUCAUCAGUUGUGGCUACGCCUGCGCCAUCUCGCCUCAAGAGAGAUGUUAUUACUAAAACAGAUGACAAAACAAAGUCAAGAAAUAAGAGAAUGUUUGGCAUGUUGCUGGGCACUCUUCAAAAGUUCAAAGAUGAUAGCUCUCAGAAGACUGAGAAGGACAUAAGAAGAGAGGAAAUAAACAAGAAGCUUGAAGAAGCGGAAAAGAAAGAGAAAGAAGAAUUGUCCACUCAAAGAAAGGAAUUAUUCACAGAAAGAAGAGCAAAACAAGCAGAAUUGAGAUUAUUACAGAGAAAAGUUGAUAUGGCUGAACUGCAAGAGGAGUGGGAUAAACAUGGUGAGAAAUUGAGCCAUUUUAUCAUGACAAAAGCCAACCCUCCCAUCUUCUACUUGCCAGCCAAACUUAAUGACAAGACACAAAAACUCUUAGAGGAAUCAACGAGAGCUGUGAAAAGAGCAAUGGCUAAAAGAAGAGCAGAAAUUGAAGAGGAACAAGAGCUAGAAGAAGAGAGAAUGAAGAAUGCCAGGUUGUCUGUAUCUAAUGAGGGUGAUGGUGAGAAUAAGGCAAGAGUUGAAAACACUGGUGGUGAUGGGGAUGUGGAAAUGAAGGAGGAGAGACAAGGGGAAGUGACGGAGAAAGUGAGAAAGAGAAGUGAGAGCAGAGAUCCUGAGAAUGGUGUUCAAGAAGAGCAGAGUGUUCAGGAAGAAAGACAGGCAGAAGUGGUGGAAGCCAUGGAGGAAGAGGAUGGAGAGAUAGACUAGUCAGUAGGAGAUAAAUGAAAUCACAUUAUGCUGAGAUUGGGAUGAGUAAUGCUAAUGUAUCAUUACUAAUUUAGAAGACACAUCCUCCCCUCUCAAGCCAACCCUUCCGUCAGGGUUAAAACUCUGUUAGCCCCAUAUUUAUCCAUCUCCUAUGGUUUUGGUUUUUGUAGGUGCAUACUGUAAAAUCCCACUUACCUGUAUUAGUCUUGGUUUUAUGCUCAUUGAAAAGAUGCUUUCUUGGGUUUAUUUUUAGGGAAAGCUAAUUAUCAGACAAAAUUGGUAAUUUCAAAAACGGCAAAGCUUUAACGUAUACUGAUUUUUCCUCUAAACAAUGUCAGUUAUUUGUGUAAGAUUACCCCAUUCCAUGGUAGGUCAUAUUGAUACAAGCUACAACAUAGUGAAGGGGAGGUGGUAGGGCAAGGUUGGGGGGGGGGUGGGAUAUGUAAGUGCUAUAUUUUAAGUGGGAAUUUACAGUAUGGAGUUAUGAUUUGUGUUUACAUGAACACUUUUCCAUCUUUCCUUUCUUUUGAUGUUGAAGAUUGCACCUCACACUGUAGGGAGUAAUAGUAUUUGAAUAUUUCUUGCCACUGCAAAAUUGAUCAGCAGAUCCAGUGAUCUGCAAAUAGUAAAUCAGACAUUCAUUCCAAUGUAAGACAUUAGUAUAAGUUUGAUUUUGAGAAAUUUCCUGCCCUCUAGUAGUUUAGCUGACAGACAGACAGACUGAGAGAAGCCUGGGAAAAAAUUGUGUUUGUUUUCUGAGAGGACAAGAAGAUUGUGUUGUCGUAUGUGAGGGGAUGAAGGGGAAAAAAGGACAAGUUACUAGGUUCCUUAGAAGACGAGAAUUAACACCCUCUGCCCCUCCAGGUUACAGUAGCAUUCAGCUGUAUGCAGGUCGUGAGAGGUCCUCAGCUGCGAUCAUUCUCUGUUCAUCUGACUGAUGAAAUUACCAUUACGGUUGUUUCUUGUACAUUCUUUUCAUGCCAUUUUAAUAAUGUUGUGGAUCCAGAGAAAGCAUGUGAUUAAAGAAGUAACAGUUUACUUCA